CAGAGUAAAGACAACACAUAUUUAGGUACUCAUCGUAGAAGCCGCCGCGCAUAGGCAUUAGAAGUCCUCGAUUUAGCAUUUGAUUUCCGCAUCUUUUCAUACUCCUAAACCCUGUCUGAUUAUCAUUAAUUUGUUUCCGGACCAAAAGAGGCACCAGACCGCUGGAGUAUCGCUGGUUAUCAAUCCCCUCCAAUCACAAUAGUGGAGUGGCGUGCAAAUUCUCCCCUCCAAACUUCUCUCCGUCUUUGACUUCCUCUCCUCAUCCUCCCACCCCUCCAUUCUUUCCCCUCGAUAUACCCCCUCACAUAAUCUCCGCCUACAAUGUCUGUUGUCGGUAUUGAUUUUGGUGCGCAGAGCACUAAGAUCGGUGUUGCCCGGAACAAGGGUAUUGACAUUAUUGCCAAUGAAGUUUCCAACCGUCAGACUCCUUCCCUGGUCGGAUUUAAUUCCCGCAGCCGAGCCAUCGGCGAGGCCGCCAAGACACAAGAGACUUCCAACCUCAAGAAUACCAUCGGCUCCCUCAAGCGCCUGAUCGGUCGUUCUUUCAACGACCCUGAUGUCCAGGUCGAGCAGCAGUUCAACUCCUCUCACAUCUGCGAUGUCAAUGGAUUGGCUGGUGUUGAGGUCAACUACCUCGGCAAGAAGGAGAAGUUCACUGCAACCCAGCUGGUUGCCAUGUACCUGACCAAGAUCAAGGACAUCACCUCCAAGGAACUCAAACUCCCCGUCUCCGAUGUCACCAUCAGUGUUCCCGCCUGGUUCACCGAUGUUCAGCGCCGUGCCAUGAUUGACGCCGGUGAGAUCGCUGGUCUCAACGUCCUCCGUCUGAUCAACGACACCACCGCUACCGCUCUGGGUUACGGUAUCACCAAGCUUGACCUGCCCGGUCCCGAGGAGAAGCCCCGCCGUGUUGUCUUCGUCGACAUUGGUUACAGCGACUACACUGCCUCCGUUGUCGAGUUCCGCAAGGGUGAGCUGAACGUCAAGUCUACUGUCUGCGACCGUCACUUUGGUGGCCGUAACUUCGACCAGGCUCUGACCGAGCGCUUCGCCGACGAGUUCAAGGAGAAGUUCAAGAUUGACAUCCGCACCAACCCCAAGGCUUGGUCCCGUACCCUGGCUGCCGCCGAGAAGCUCAAGAAGGUUCUGUCUGCCAACCCCCAGGCUCCCCUGAGCAUCGAGUCUCUCAUGGAGGACACCGAUGUCCGCGCCAUGGUCAAGCGUGAGGAGCUCGAGGAGAUGGUCAGCCCUCUCCUUAACCGCAUCACCGUCCCUCUCGAGCAGGCUCUCGCCGAGGCUAAGCUCACCAUUGAGGAUAUCGAUCACGUUGAGAUGGUCGGUGGCUGCACUCGUGUCCCCUCCAUCAAGGAGACCAUCAGCAAGUUCUUCGGCAAGACCCUGUCCUUCACCCUUAACCAGGAUGAGGCCAUUGCCCGUGGUGCCGCCUUCUGCUGUGCUACCCUCUCCCCCGUCUUCCGUGUCCGUGACUUUGCCAUUCACGACAUUGUGAACUACCCCAUCGACUUCACUUGGGAGCAGUCCCCCGAAAUCCCCGACGAGGACACCAGCCUGACCGUCUUCAGCCGUGGUAACGUUAUGCCUUCGACUAAGAUUCUCACUUUCUACCGCAAGCAGCCCUUCGACCUCGAGGCUCGUUAUGCUAAGCCCGAGCAGCUGCCCGGCAAGAUCAACCCCUGGAUUGGCCGCUUCUCCGUGAAGGGUGUCCAGGCUGAUGCCAACGACGACUUCAUGAUCUGCAAGCUCAAGGCUCGUCUGAACCUGCACGGUAUUCUCAACGUCGAGUCUGGCUACUACGUUGAGGACAUGGAGGUCGAGGAGCCAAUCCCCGAGGAGGGUGAGCAGAAGGAUGGUGAUGCUAUGGACACCAAUGGCGGAGAGCAGCCCAAAAAGACCCGCAAGGUCAAGAAGCAGGUUCGCAAGGGCGACCUGCCCAUCGUCGCUGGCACUGCCGGCGUCGACCAGACCACCAAGGAGGCCUGGACCGAGCGCGAGAACUCCAUGUACAUGGAGGACAAGCUCGUUGCCGAGACUGACGAGAAGAAGAACGAGCUCGAGGCUUCCAUCUACGAGCUCCGUGACAAGAUCGACGGCGUCUACUCUGAGUUCGCCAGUGACGAGGAGAAGGACAAGCUGCGGGCCAAGCUGACCGACACCGAGGACUGGCUGUACGAGGAGGGUGAGGACACCACCAAGUCCGUCUACGUUGCCAAGAUGGAUGAGAUCCGCUUCAUCGCCGGUCCCAUCAUCCAGCGCUACAAGGAGAAGGUCGAGGAGGAGCGCGCUGCCGUCCUGAAGGCCGAAGAGGAGGCCGCUGCCAAGAAGCGCGCCGACCUCGAGGCCAUGAAGAAGGCUGCCGAGGACCUCAAGAAGGCCGAGGAGGAGCACAAGAAGAAGCUCGCCGCCGAGUCUGGCGAUGCCGAGAUGCAGGACGCUCCCGCCGAGGGUGAGGCUGCCCCUGCCGAGGGCGAGGAGAAGCAGUAGAUAUCGUCGAUCUACGGGUGCUUAACUUUAUUUAUGUGAUUGACGGGAGGAAAGCAUACUGCAUUUUGGAAACAGAAAAAUCGAUGGGCUGUGUUAUUCCUCCCCGCAUGAUGACGAAAAGGUCUUUUUUGAGAUGUUUUUUUAUGGACUUCCUAGACCCAACUGGUGAACGUUGCUGGUUGGAACAUUUUCUUUUUAUUUCUUUGUUUUUAAUGGCCCCCCCAGUUAUGAUGUAGAUCGUGUCUUUCUGGACGAAUAGAUGAAUUCAAUCAUACCUGAGGG